AUGGCGCAUGAUGAGGUCAAUCAGGUAACGCCUGACACUUUCUUCUCGUCUGCCAUCAUCAUCUUCGAGUUCAGAGUGUGGACUGUGAAGAUGUCUCAUCUGUCCAUCGCGGUCUUAGAGAACCUCUUGGAGCUGUCAGAGCUCGAGGUCGCCGAUAAGGCAAGUCUCAGGGAUGCCUUCAACGAGGCUUACGACGGAAAGCACGAUGGUGAACUCGGUCGCCGCCUGCUCUUGUCGAUCAAAGAGUACUAUGAGACACACGCCCAUCUGACUAUCCUCGAGAAGAAUGUGCUCGGCAAGCUCAUCAAAGCACUCCCCCAAAUGCCGCCUACGGACAGAAAAGCCAUCGGGGCACCCCCGGCUACGACUCAACUAGAUGGCUUGUUUUCCGGUGACCUUGACGCUGCCAGUAAUACUAUCGGCCAUUACAAGACAGUGCCGGCCGACCUCCUGCCCGACGUGGUAGGUUCACUAUCACUUAAAGCCGGCGAAGUCACUGACAGUUUUGAUAAGGAUGACAAGCCUAUGGUUCGCACAAAGUCGACCACUCGUCAUACCCCGCCUCAUGCUCGAUCCUUGGUGACAGGCUCCAACCUUCCCAGUGGCUUGGAAUCUUCGCAUGUGCAGGCUUCCGGCCAGCAAGUUGACAACAUCGUCCGUCUCCGCAGCCCCGGGGAGAUCAAAGCUAUGAUAAAGCAGGCAGAUGCAGAGUUCUACGAGCGUGAAGGCAGAAGUCCAUCGAGCGAGUCAUCCAGCACCGAGAAUCCGGCCUCAACCCUAACCCAGGUACUUCACAGGGGUUUUCACAGCCCGGAAGAACCUUGGCCUAAUGACCGACCCUCAGCAAUAUCCACUGCCAAUAUCCAGGAUUCAGCGGCCAACUUCGCUGAGUACCAAGCCAAGUAUCCCUUCGGCUCUAAGGUCAUGAUGAGCUCUGGUUGGGCCCCGCAAAGAGGCUUAGGUCCGGAAGGCAAGGGUAUUAUCGAACCUAUCCAAGCAAAGCCCCAGACCGGGCUCGGCCUGGGACAUCCCUAUCGCCAAGACACUGCAAGCAAGUCUAGUUCGAUUACGCAUCGACAGCAAAAGAUUGCUCAACAGUCUAUGGGUGGUCGCCCUGUCACAAAGCAUGGUAGGCAAGAAAAGGCUGACAAUGAUGGGAAGGAUUGCAGUGGUGGCGAUUGGGAGGAGGCAUUCAAGGAUGACCCAUAUGGCCACAAGUGGAACCCGGACAAGCGACAUUCUCACUUCGCAAAGAACGGCUGGUAG